AUGGCGAAGAGUCAGAAAAUCAGAACCCUCGGCAAGGCAGGGAAGGCUAGGACCCCCCUGGCAAGCUCCACGGUUCCAGCUGGAUUACCACCACCUUCUACCUUGGCUUGCGCCCCAGGCGAGCGUGCAUCUGCCUCUUCCGUGCCUCCUUCGCACACACCUCUCUCACCUACACCUCCACCCCGCACCGAAACUCCGCCUUCCUCGCAGGCCCCGUCGCUGGCCUCACAUGCGACUGCUAACCUCCGGCUCACCGGAAUGGCGGUGGCAAUGACCGCCACGGCACAAGAAAUGCUUGUUGCCGGCAGUGGCUAUGGGUCGCUCAGCGCUCAGGUCAUUGCUGCGACUGCGUCAAGGGAGAUGGGACUGGCCGCUAUUGAAAUGAGCUUUGUUGCGGCCCAGCAAGAGACUGGAGCUAUUCUAUCCCGUCCGCUGGCCACCCUUAUCAAUGUAGGCAUUAUCACCCAGAUUCUAUGUAUUCAAUAUGUUGAUUAUUGA